AUGACUAUCAAUGGAGACGAGGGAGCAUCUAAGAGCGCAGUUUUAAUAGGUGGUUUCGUGAGGCACGGACCUGCAGCCUCGGACCUGCAGCCACGGACCUGCAGCCUCGGACCUGCAGCCACGGACCUGCAGCCUCGGACCUGCAGCUCGGACCUGCAGCCUCGGACCUGCAGCCUCGGACCUGCAGCCACGGACCUGCAGCCACGGACCUGCAGCCACGGACCUGCAGCCACGGACCUGCAGCCUCGGACCUGCAGCCACGUACCUGCAGCCACGGACUUGCAGCCACGGACUUGCAGCCACGGACCUGCAGCCUCGGACCUGCAGCCUCGGACCUGCAGCCACGGACCUGCAGCCACGGACCUGCAGCCACGGACCUGCAGCCACGUACCUGCAGCCACGUACCUGCAGCCUCGGACCUGCAGCCACGUACCUGCAGCCACGGACCUGCAGCCACGUACCUGCAGCCACGGACCUGCAGCCACGGACCUGCAGCCACGGACCUGCAGCCUCGGACCUGCAGCCUCGGACCUGCAGCCUCGGACCUGCAGCCACGUACCUGCAGCCACGUACCUGCAGCCUCGGACCUGCAGCCUCGGACCUGCAGCCACGUACCUGCAGCCACGGACCUGCAGCCUCGGACCUGCAGCCACGUACCUGCAGCCACGGACCUGUAGCCACGGACCUGCAGCCACGGACCUGCAGCCACGGACCUGCAGCCACGGACCUGCAGCCACGGACCUGCAGCCACGGACCUGCAGCCACGGACCUGCAGCCACGGACCUGCAGCCACGGACCUGCAGCCUCGGACCUGCAGCCACGGACCUGCAGCCACGGACCUGCAGCCUCGGACCUGCAGCCACGUACCUGCAGCCACGGACCUGCAGCCACGGACCUGCAGCCACGUACCUGCAGCCACGGACCUGCAGCCACGUACCUGCAGCCACGGACCUGCAGCCACGGACCUGCAGCCACGGUCGAGCAUCUGCUCUAAAGUCCCGCCUUUCGACCAUUGUUAGUCGAAUGCAGUGGCUCAUUUCCCCUGUUUUCCUUAUCAUAUUUAUAUUUAAGGCUGUAUAUCAAAUUGGCUUCAACAAGUUCCUCAUCUCGUCCGUUCCACCUACUCUGGAACGACUCUGA